UAUUUCGUGUCAUGAUUCUCAUUUCACUGUACACGGAAUAAUGUAUUAUGUCUAUUUUUGAAAUUGCGCAAUCAGCAUGGAAAUUUUAUUGAAAAGGAAUGUUUGUUCUUUGAAAAUAUUUUUGAAAUAUUUCUUUGACUGUGUGUAAUUGUAAGCAUGCAUACUAGACUGGAUUUACGUACAUCUGAUGUUGUGAGACCACAUGCCCAACUUCCACUCGCCAAACUGUGGAAUUUUCAUGAACAAUUCAUUCGAGCAAUCACAUUCUUACUCAUGACUAGCUGCUUUAAUUGCACUAUUAACACAACACCUGGGUUUCACAACAAAUAAGAUAAAUAUAUGGCUAUCAUUAAUCUACUUAGUGUUUAAUUUGCUGUGAGGUGAAAGUGAAAGUGAAAGUGAUAUCACGUGACUUUCCCCGUUCAGAUAGCACAUGGCGAGUAUUGUGGACCCGCCCCCGAGUGUUCAUCACACGAGGAGUGAAGCGAUUGCGGGGGGCAAGAAAAAGAGCGACAUCGAGAUGUACCAUGCCAUGCAGAGUACUACUAAUACUAAAGGGACAAAGCGAGAGGACCCGUUGAAGAUCCUUGACCCGUCCAGCAAAAAGUUGGUAACAGUGGAAAGUCAGCGUAUAAUGGCCGUGUUAGAUGAUACCAUCUGUAAAAUCAGACUGAUCACUCUGCUUCCGGAACUGACUCAGAACACUGAAAAGUACGCUAGUAUCAUAUCUGACGACAUCCAAGAAAUGUUGAAAGAGCACUACAAGUUGGAAGCACAGUUUUCAAAAGUGUUUCUCCUCCAGGAGGAGGAAGAAACUGUCGCUCACACAGGAUCAGCUAAACGAGGCGGAAUAGACGGUGACGUCGAGCAAAUGUCCUACGAAUCACUCUGUACAUACCGUGGACAACUCCAACAACAAAUUCGCCAUUCCACACGUUCCAUCGUGCGCCUCUUCACUCGCAACCACUCUGCACUGAAAGCAGUCCUGGGACAAGUAUCUGAGCGUCCGUCCGCUGCCACAUCCCUCAUCAGCACGUCCAACAACCUGCGCAGCAUCAUCAUGGAGAAGUUGUUGACUACGCGCGAGGAGGAGGAGGAGAGGAGCAGGUAUAUUCAGCAGAUUAUACAGCGUGAAGCUAAGGCGUCAGUGGAGGUUAAGAAGCUGGAAGGGUUGCUUCAGGAAGCAUCAGAGGAAAGGGAAGCUGAUCUGAACAAACGUAAUGUGGAGAUCAAGAAACUGAAAUCAGAUCUGGCUCAGCUGCAGAAAAGCAGCAAUGAAACGAACAAACGUAUUAAAUCUGACUCCAUGAAGCAGGAGCUGACAGAUACUAAAACUUCAGGCGGGAAAUGUGACCGGUUGAACCAGAGUAUCGCGCAGCUGAGGACACAGCUCGCGCAGGCUGUUGCAGAACACCGGCAAUCGGAGCAGAUUCUGCGCAGCAGGAAGAUUAAAACAGAAUCUGCCCUCGAGACGUGGAUCGCAAAGUACGACACCGACAUGGGCGAGAGACAGGAAGAAUAUGAGCAGAUAGAAGCUGUUUAUAAAGUCGAGAAACAGCAGUUGGAGGAUCUGGAAGAGAGGUUCGCCGUCCUGGAGGAGGAGUAUAAUCGUAUCAUCGAAGAAAGAAGAGUUAACGCCGAAUUGAAGGCGGAGGAAGAAAGAAGAUUAAGAUUACUUACUAAAGCUGCGGUUGUUAUUCAGGCCCACUGGCGGUCUUAUGCUACGAGGAAGAAGCUGAAGCAGAAGAAGAAAGGAAAGAAGGGGAAGAAAGGAAAGUAACGUGAGUUUAAAGGAACCAGCGGAAAUGUAAAUAAGUUUUAAUAUUUUCAUAAACGACUUGUAAUUAACAGAAAACAAUGAUUUAAGAGUUUUAGAGAUUUACGAAUUAUUUGAUGCAUUAACAAACAAGUUACACGCCAUUAUAAGUAAGCUGUGUCGAAUUAAAUUUAAUAAUUUUAUAUCGACAAGUUAUGUUUCAUCGGA